AUGGGGAAUUUUUACGAUGCUGCAGCUCAGCAGAACGCCUUCAAGGCCAUGAGUCAAAUGUGGCAAAUGGAUCAGUACCAACAAGGAUACGCCGGUAAAGAUGUCCAGGUGACACCACCCUUACCGCCAUUCCCACACCCGUUUGCCAACUUUGCUCAACAACUCACCUCCAUCACACAGUCAAUGCGAGAAUCUCCAGCCCCUUCAAAGAAGAAACCGAACCCUGUGCCUCCGGAACUGAAAGAUGAGGCAUAUUACGAGCGACGAAAACGAAAUAACGAAUCGGCUAGACGAUCACGUGAGGCCCGACGCCAGAAAGAGGAUGUGAAUUUUCGAAAGUUGGAAUUGGUGCAGCAGGACAACAUUCGACUAAAAGCGGAGCUACAACGAGUGGUGAUGGAGUUGGAGCGGCUAAAGUACAUGGCCGCUGUUCAAGGAGUUCAGUUGUAA